GCCCUCGGUCCGGCCUUGGAAGUCCGACGCACGCAGCCCCCCCCCUCUCAGCCUCCACCAGCCGAGAACGAACCGCCUUUGAAGCACGGCCUCCCCGCGAUUUUCUUUUCACAACAUCCAAACCACCAUCGACGAAAUAAACAAGUCUCUCGAGAAUCGCUUCGAGUAGGCUGUGCAUUUAUUUCUUUCUACGAGACGCAUUUUAAAUCGACUUGUCGAAUUUUUCAGCACCACCAGCACCGCGCUUGGUUCUUCGCUACACAGACUUUUGAGUCAUCGAUUUUCGAGCGUUUUUCGCAGCAUCACCAACCGCGAACCCCCAACCAUUAAAUCCAUCAAAUAGAUUGCUACUGUGAUCUUCGGAAUCUUUCUGGUCUCGCAUUCAUUGCAAAAUGUCCAACUACAACGGCCGUCACGGACCCAACGUGUCCCAGUAUCUUCGCGAACUUGAUACUAUCAGCCCUCAGGAUAGCGCUGAGGAGACUUUCAACAUGGAGGCCGAUCUUGCUCUUUUCACCAACACACAAUUCUUUGAUUUCGAAUCAGGACAAACCACCGACUUCCAGGCCCAGCCUGUGAAUGUCAAGCCUGAGACUGAGGCUACCACAUCGCCUGCUGCGGAUGUGAGCGCCGCCGCAUCUGUUAUCGGCGAUAUGCCCAAUUUGGACUUUAUUUCCAACGACUUCAACUUCCACGAAUUCAAUGCCAACAACUACUCUGCACCCCAGAUGAACAACUUCGCUGAGGCCAACCAUGGCUACCCGGCACUCCAGCCCCAGGUGGCUGGCCAGUUCCACGGUGCCACCCGUCCCGCUGAGAAGCGUACCGAGGAGAUGGCCGCCCCCCAACAGCCCACUGGCUACGAGGAUACAUCUCGUAUUGCCGCUGAGGAAGACAAGCGUCGCCGUAACACUGCUGCCAGUGCUCGUUUCCGUAUCAAGAAGAAGCAGCGCGAGCAGGCCCUUGAGAAGUCCGCCAAGGAGAUGUCCGAGAAGGUGUCCAACCUCGAGUCCAAGAUCUCCCAGCUUGAGACUGAGAACAAGUGGUUGAAGAACCUCCUUGUUGAGAAGAACGAAGGCAAUGAGGACAUCUCUGCUCUCUGGAAAGAGUUCACAAAACAGGCCGGCAGCAAGCUCAAGGCCAACCAGUCAAGGUCGUAACGACCCAUAACUUACGGCCUGGCUUGAUAUCUUUACAGGUAUCGUUUGUGAAAGUAAUGAUAGACUGUGAGAGGCUGGUGUUUUGUCGGGGCAUAUAUUCUAUACACUAUAUGGGUUAACGGCGUUUUGGUUACGAGUUUUGCUUUUUGGUUGGUGGACGACGGGGGGAGAUACGUAUAUAAAAGCGAUGAGGGUGCCAAUGAGGGUUGGCGAUGAUCUGUGGGACAGCUCCAUGGGGCUGGCAGUGAAAGCCUUACACCUUUCAAGUGGCUGAUUAUUAGGAGGUGGUUUCAAUGAUGAGCUCAUAUUGACUAGAGGUACCAUUGACUGCAAAUGAAUUUACACGUUAUUCCGCAUUAUUAUGCGGCUCCAACUACCUGACCUCCAACUUGCUCUGUGUAGAUGCCUGUGACAUUCCCUUUGUUAAUUCCCAAACAUGAUCAUAUCUUGCCCACGUAAAUCAUCCGUAAAUUCUAUUCUAUGUACAGUGUCGAUGCAAUACGCUAGGAAAUCUUCUGUACAAUACAAGUGAGGGUAUGAAGCCUCGCAAUUUCCACCGCUUUUCAUACUGUCCUAUCCAGACCGUGCCCCUAGCUCCUGGGGCCUAUUGGGCUGGUUUCCAGUCAAUACACCUCAUCAUCCUGCCAGAGUUUGUAUUCGCUUGCCCUCACCCCCCUUGGUUGUCGUCGUGUUGGUACAUUUGAUUUAUUUUCCAGCAUUCUUGGCUUCUUCCUCCGCUUUAGCUUUCUUGAGAGCGUCCAGCCGUUGCUUGUUUCGUUUGCCAAUCAUGCGCACCGUCGUCUCACGCUCAAUGUCUGCCAUCUGAGCCCAGUUCGAAAUGCGGGCAAUGGUCCCGUCUACAUUGACGACAAUAGGUCCAAGAUCGGAGAGCUUGACAGUAGUGCCUUCACCACUGACAUCAAGCGUCGUUGGUGUUCCUUCGCCAGGAGCAGGGAGGCCCAGAUCCUCGUCAGAGGUUGAUUUUGAGGAGUUGGCGCGAGCCUGGGUCGGAACAAGCUGGUUGGACAUUGUGAGAAUAGGUCGGGAAAAGGCACGUCGAGUAAUUAAGCCUCUAUAAAACAUUAUCCUGACGUCUUGUUUGGUGUUUGGCUUCGACAAAGGGCUGUCAAAUAAUGCGUGCUGGUUGAGGAGGUGGAAAAUUGGCCAGCGAAUCUUGGUGCUGCCACAGAGGGCAAGGCUGAUGUGGGUCAGGCUGGUAUGCAAAGCGAUGCGUUUCCUGGGGUUGUCAGAGGGCGACCAAACGCUGUCUGUUGUGAUAUUGUACAAAGAGAACUAUGGAAACUGCUGGUAAAAAUGGAUUGUUGAACUCAAUUGCACAUCUUCUGAAAAAGUUGGUUGACAAAUAUAUGUCGUGGCUGCAAGAUGUUGAGCUGUCACAUCAAACAGAUAUUCAUGGAGCACUGUCACCGCCCCGACAAUGUCCACCAAUAAUAGAACACUAAACGCUUCAAAGUGGCUUGCAGGAAAGCAUCUGUGCACUGUUUAUUAUAGAAUGCGGGAAUUUGGGGUGUUUUAACGCCGAUCAAGCCGUGUCAGAACGGGUACUGGGGAACAGACUGAGUGACACCGCCAGUUUGCGUUACUGAACAUCUUGCCGGCUUAUGUGCUGCACCAGAACAAGAAAACGAUUUUCCAUGGUCAUUGUGUUGCAAUUCUCGGAAGAUAUCGCCGUGUACGACCCAAUUGAUACACAGGGAAGAUCGGAUGGCAGAGUACAAGGUGACAUUGGAUGGUGGUCUGCCCUGGUACAGUCUCGGUUUCUAGAAGGUGUCGCGUGUCCGGCGAUAAAGUGCCGCAACUAGGAUACGGGUUUUUCAUGGGGUUGCAAAAAUGACGCUCUUCCCGUGCCUGUUUCCAAAACAAACGUAGCCUUGACUGAAUGUCGCUCAAGGCUUGUGCUGCAAACGCGCUGCUCGGGCUCAGGCCGACGACAGACACUUACAGGCACGGCGCGAGUUGUCUAAAUUUAUCGUGGCGCUCCGGUAUAGGCCGAUAUUUGACCCAUAUUGAGAAGACUCUCCGUAUCAAUCAUGUCUUUGCUUGUAAAUAUUUUCCCGGUAAAAUACCUCUUGAUUAUUCCCCUGGUCCAGCCGGGUUGUUGAUGCUG